AUGGAACCGACUGCCAUAUUUGCAGCAUUGAACUCUGCUGUCAAGUUCGCCGAACUACUUGUGCGAGUCGUUGAAGUUAGAACCGAGAACGACGUCUUUGUUCGGACGAUCCAAAUCGUUCGCAAUGAUUUAAACGAGGUUGAGAGGCUCCUCGGUAUAGAGUCAGUCCAGAAAAAGCUUACAGCAGUACCUGGAAAGUUCGAAUGGAUUGGAGGUGCUAUCAUCAGCACCAAAUCAGCACUGAGUGAUAUUGCGAAAUGGGUCGAGCGUGCGCGCGUAGACCAGCAGGCUACAGGAACCGUGAGACUCGACACUAGGAUUCGAUGGGUCUUCAACGACCACGAGAAGUUGAUCAAUCGACAAACAGAGCUUUCGACAUGCCAUCAACAACUAUCAAACGUGCUGAACUUUCUGAAUCCUUUGGAAGAGAUUCCAACCAGUUCGGCGCCUCCUACGUACCGCGAUAUCACUUAUUUUGAUGAUAUUGUCUCCCCCAAUCAGAAGAGAAGGAGCUUGAUGAAAGGGGCCCAGACAACAACGACAGUCCGAGACGCAAAAAUUGAGGGCCUUUUGCGAUCUACGCACCCAGCGGAGGAUUCAGAUCUCCGCGUUAAUCUCACCCUUAUGGAGAGUUCCAGUGGUUCGCCAGCCCCUCUGCUGAGCAGAACAGAUCCUCUCCAGCAGAUCGAAGUCCAGAAAUCAGCCGUACGAACAAUACUGGACCUUCCUAAGUUUGCUUCAACACCAUCCGAGACCAUAUCUCCCGCUGCCAGCCCUCCGCCGGCGUAUACAUUGAUAUCACAAACAAGUUGGACAGGAGAAAGUCGUCGAACAGAAGAUGGGGGCUCUGAAUACUUAGCUCCUAGCACGAAAAGGACUCCAUCAGAACAUGUUCUCGCCGACACACCAUUGCUUCAACCCCACAACGCCAAAGUAAACUCGAUGAACAAUACGCAGCCGUCAUCACAGCCUGUUGAGAAGCCGUCACUAUACGCGGUGACUCAGGAAAAGCCCCAGCGAUUGAUAGCUGAACUAGCUGGGGACACUCCCUCCUUGAGUGGAACUAAUGCUCAAGGUCCGGUAAAUCCAUACGAGCUCUAUGCUAGCCCUCCACCCGGGACCGGCCAGAGUACGCUUUCCCCGUUUGGACCGCCUUGUCGCCAUGUCCAUGCUAUAUCUGAAAUGCUUGGGGACUUAUCGUUUCCUGUUGAGUUAUCAACCAAUGAUCCAGGACGGCCUCCAGGAUAUCCUCGGCCUGGGGCAGGAAGAGCCAUAUACGAAUUACCUGCACAAGUUCUUAGUCGCCGGCCAGUUCGUAAUCAAUCACUUGGCGAUUCUCUCAUGGCAGCUCACAAAUUGCCAUCUCCGCAUGAUACAGGCAAUACAAAACACAUUGCUCGUCAAGAAUUGCCUGAUUCACGACGGACUUUGUCGUCAGAAUCCAUCGAAGCACAACAACAGCGAAUUGAAAUGCCUUCGCCGCUCUCUGUAACACAUCAGUCAAAAUAUCUGCGAUACCCUUCUCCAGACUCGGGGUCUUUCCUGUCCUCACCAGCACUAAACCCAACAUCUACUGCUCCAUUCCCUCUUUCGUCACCUUCACCUGGGACCUCUACUCUUUCCAGUGUUGAUAUAGGAUCAGUCUCGCUAAUGGGCAGACCUACUGCACGCAUUAUCUCACCAAAUAAGCCUGAGACGGCAUCAGCUGCAAGGAUGCGGAGUCAAAGAGCUAUUAUGGACAUGCUUGGGAGCAUUGACCAAACUUGA